GCCGGACCCACGAUAACUUAUGUAGAUGGCUCGAAGCCCGAUAACGGGCCGAGAUUUGAGCUUCUUUUCUUAAAGGAAUCAGUUCCCCGAGGCAUGGACAGUCAACCUACUUGUCACUCAUCCGGACGAUGGCCUCCGCUUCGUCAGUGACGCACCAUCCUGAGCCCGAGGUGCCAUACGAUGAAUCGAAGCGCAACCACGACGAGCACAACGCCGACGAGAAUGAGCCCGAGCCCCUGACUCGCGCGGAAACGUCGCAAUCGAAUAUCGGUCCUCCAAAGUCACUAUGGCACGAGACUAUCUUUGUCACAAUCGUGUGCAUGGCACAGUUCAUGACCCAGGCAGCCCUGGGCAUGGGUAUCGUCCCGGCGCACAUCAUAGGGGCCAGUUUCGGCACAACAGACCCCGGCGAGAUUUCCUGGUUUCCGGCCGCGUAUAGUUUGACGGUUGGAACGUUCAUCUUGGUUUCGGGGCGCAUGGGCGAUAUGUGGGGUCACCGGCUUAUGUUCGUCGCUGGAUUCCUGUGGUUUGCUCUCUGGUCGCUGCUCGCGGGGUUCAGUGUGUAUUCGAACCGGAUCUUCUUCGACUGCUGUCGCGCAUUUCAGGGUAUUGGGCCGGCGAUGCUGCUCCCCAACGCGGUGGCGAUUUUCGGAAGGACGUACCCGCCGGGGUUGAGGAAGGCUAUGGCGUUCAGCUUGUUUGGUGCGACGGCUCCUGGAGGAUAUAUUGUGGGUGCGGCGUUCUCCUCGAUCUUCGCACAGCUUGUCUGGUGGCCGUGGGGAUACUGGGUGUUGGCGAUUGUGUGCGUUGCCUUUGCUGCGCUGGGAUAUAUUAUUAUUCCCUUCUUGCCACAUUCGAAAUCCGAAGAUGACCAUUUGCCUGUGAUGGUCCGACUGGAUAUCCUGGGCGCCACGGCAGGUGUUAUCGGUCUGGUUUUGAUCAACUUCGCAUGGAACCAGGCGCCUUUGGUUGGAUGGAGUAACCCAUAUGUCUACGUCCUGCUUAUCGUCGGGUUCCUCUCUUUUGUUGCAUUCGCUAUUGUUGAACGCUCUGCAAAGUGCCCUCUGCUCCCUCGAUCGAUUUUCACCGGUGAUCUUGCUUGGGUACUUAGUUGUAUUGCGGCAGGCUGGUCAAGUAUGGGUAUCAUCGUCUACUACUUCUACCAGUUUAUGUUGGUGAUCAAGGGAGAUACACCUCUUCUUGCGACGGCGAAGUUCUCAGGUGCUGCGGCUUCUGGUGCUAUUGCAUCUAUCACAACAGGUAUUCUGCUUGGUUAUCUUCCACCAAGCGUUAUUAUGUUCUGCUCUAUGAGUGCAUACACAGUUGGUCUUUGCCUGGUUGCAACCUUGCCCGUCGACCAGAUCUACUGGGGCCAAGCGUUCUUUGCCAGUUUGAUUACCCCGUGGGGAAUGGACAUGUCCUUCCCCUCAGGCACUCUCCUUCUGAGCAACGCCAUGCCCCGCAAACACCAAGGUCUAGCCGCUUCCCUCGUCAGCACAACUGUGAACUACUCCAUUUCCAUCGGACUCGGCUUCGCAGGUACAGUGGAGUCACACGUCAACGACGGUGGCACAAAUACAUUGAAGGGAUACCGCGGAGCGCUAUAUAUGGGCGUUGGCCUUGCGGCUGGGGGACUGGUGAUAUCCAGUUUCUAUGUGCUUGUGAACUGGUUGAAGUAUCGGCGGGAGAAGGGGGAGAAGGAGAAGAAGGAUGCUAGUCCGUGACGCCUUUAUUCUGUCUAAUGCGUUGUUUAUUGCAUAAUACCUGUAUAUAACUAGUACCUUAGGAUAGAUUCAGAAGAUGUAUAG